GAAAGAGAAACUAACAUGUGUGAAACAAAGAAGGUAGAUCCAGCAUACCAACAGGCUGACACUAAAUAAUUUUACUUUUCACAGUUGGCUGUCUGGUCAACUGUAGCCCUUGCACAUAUAUGUAAUACUCCUAUAUUGCUAGAAGAGUGUUGACCGUCAGCCCAAACAUUACGGUGCAGACGUAUAAUAGCCUCUCUCUCGCGAACGGCCCAGCUGAUUUGUGCGCAUGCGGUUACAUUUUUUAAAACACCAUUAGGCGCGAUUUUCACAUAACCUGUUUUCGUGAUUUGUGCGUGUGUGCGACGGUAAACAACGCAUAUUAUAAGCGUCCCAAGUGAGACAAACCAAAGAAAAAAUUUACAAUGGUGCGAAUUUGUUUUUUGUGUCAGAAAAAGGCAGCAAAGGAUGGAAAUUUUGCAAUGCACAAAUUUCCAAAAGAGGUGAGCAUUCGGGCACAGUGGUUACAUGCCUGCAAAUUAUCUGACAAGGACAAUGUGAUACAUGUACACAUUUGCUCCGAUCACUUUGUACCAAGUGAUUAUAAAAAUAGCAUAGGACUGUGUAGCAGAAAGUGGUUAUUGAAACCAGGAGCAGUGCCUUCCGUUAAUGUGCCAAAUCCUCCAGCUGCCGAAUUGCAGUUCCAGUCAACAUCUGAGAUUAUAAUGGACGAGACACAAUCAGUGCCUUCUAUUGAUGUUCCUCCAGAUUUCACAUCAGUUUCAAAUGUAGGAGAACUGGAAUUUUCAACAUCCAAGAAUGUGAUGGAUGAGACACGUCACGAGAAUGAACAGCUGCAUACUCCUCCGAAGAAACGGAGAUUUGCAGAACCUCGGUUUAUAUCAGACAUUGUAAGCUCCGAUUUCUCAACACCGAAAAGGACUCGAAGAGUCAUUGCUAUGGUGAACAAAAUCCAUAAUAAAAAACGUCGGAUUAAGGCAUAAAAUAUUUUGUAUUCCAUUUUUUUCUAUUUUACUCGUACUUUUUACGCUAAAUAUUCUGAGGAAGUAAUUAAAUCUUAAGAUUGUUCCAUUUAAAACAGUAAUAAUGACUUGCUUGAACUAUUAAAAACGCUUUUAUCUAAAAA